AUGGCCAGUACUCGUGAUUCUCACUCAUACGCUUGUGAUGAGUGCCGUUUAAGAAAGUCCAGGUGUUCGAAAGAACGGCCGAUAUGUGCUCAAUGCAAGCAACUGAACAAAGAGUGCAAUUACAGCCCGAAAGUCACUAGAAGUCCUCUCACUCGACAACAUUUAACCUAUGUCGAAGAGCGCCUGCAAGCCUUUGAAACAGCUUUAGGAAGGCUUUUUCCCGGAGGUGACCUGGACGCUACUGUUCGCUCGUUGCUGCAGGACCAAGAUGCGCCGCAGAAGACUGUGCCUUCGCCCAAGUCUUCAUCAAGGCAUUCUACCCCAUCCAAGGCCGAAGCAGAUCGAACCGAACCAGCCCCAGAAGCUCUUCCGCAACAAGCGGACGGGUUCGAUUGGGCCGAGAACAGAAUCACUGUAGGCGAUCUGACAGAUGGAAUGGCCGCGUUGUCGAUAAAGCCGGAGGGAACAGGUUAUUUCGGCGCAUCUUCCAGUGUGGUGCCCCUUCGAGCAUUAUUGAAGCAUGGUUUCGAUCUGAAUUUUCCUGCAAGUCCGAAUAAGCCAACGGAAAGAGUGCCUUUGAAAAGCCAGCUUCUGAGCACUGCGCCUUCCGGGCUCAUUGAGCAAGCUUUCAUGGACGCCUUCUUUCUCAAUUACCAUACCAGUUAUCCAUUUGUGCACGAAGCUACUUUCAAAGCGCAAUUCUAUGAACAAGUUCCCCGCCCGCAUGGACAGGCGUGGCAGAUUCUUCUCAAUACCAUUCUGGCCCUUGGGGCGUGGAGCAUUGGAGAUGAUAACUCCGACCUUGAUAUCACAUUCUACCAGGAAGCCAGAAGCCACCUGCAGCAGGUGUCUGUAUUUGAAACAGGAAAUCUUACUCUCAUCUUGGCCCUGCUACUUCUGAGUAACUAUGCGCAGAAGAGAAACAAGCCGAACACCGGCUGGAAUUUCUUGGGCCUGGCCGUGAGAAUGGCCAUGAGCCUUGGUCUGCACAAGGAGUUCCCCGGGUGGAAGAUCAGUCUACUUCAGCGAGAGAUGAGGAGGCGAUUAUGGUGGGGUGUGUAUAUAUUUGACAGUGGUGCGGCGAAAACUUUUGGUCGACCUAUCCUCUUACCUGAGGACAGUGUCAUGGAUUCAAAACAUGUUCUCAACAUUCAUGACGAGGCUCUCACAUCAACAACCACCGUCCUACCCGCCGAGGAGAACGGGCCAACUAUCUACUCAGGCAUGAUUGCGCAGGCGAAAUUCCACCUACACACCAAUAGCGUCUACCAGCGUCUGAUAUCGACACCCAGUCUCACCGCGGAAGAGACAUUGGGUCUCUCCAAACCCAUGGAAGACUGGUACAACAGCCUUCCGCAUUACUUCAAGCAACCGAUUACAACACCCGAGUCGGACAACUUCGCUCUCGUCCGUAACCGCCUCAUGUGGCGGCACUGGAAUCUGAGAAUUCUCCUUUACCGGCCCAUCCUCCUCCGCUGGGCGUCGAGGAGAUGGACGCCGACGCCGGACUCGCCGCCGGAACCCGAGGAUCCGCUCGAGACGGAGUGCAGGAUGCUCUGCCUUCGCAACGCGCGGUGGACUAUCUCGUCCAUCUCGGACUUUGUCAAUAAUCACAUCUGCACGAGACUGGGGGCUUGGUAUAUGCUGUACUUCCUCUUCCAGGCCGGUCUGAUCCCCGUCAUACUCCUCAUGACAGAUCCCACGAGCACGGAUGCGCCCGCCUGGCUUCAAGACGUCGAAACCACCAAGAAACUUCUCACCCACCCUUCUUUAAGCAACAACCGUCUCGCCACCCGCUGUCUAGAAGUCGUGAAUAGGCUUUGCUCCCCUACGUAUACUUCCUCCGUCUCGGACGGGUCAACACCGGUGCAGCCGCCGAUGCUGAUGCAGUUCUCAGAUCAACUCCUCAACGAUCCCAUGUUUGGGAGUAUGUUCCCGGAUGUGGACCAGGAGUUGAAUCUAGGGGGAAUGGAUUUUUCUGAAUGGGUGAAUUUCACGCCUCAGACCGGCUUGCACUGA